GAAAACGCGCAGUUGUUUCACGUCGGAGGCGGAAUCCUGCGACACCUCAAACCGGAAACGACGCGGACGCAGCUGCGCUUGUUGCUAAAAAAAAGAAGAAGUCCGAGGAGAGGAGCCCGGUGCCCCGCAGAGCUCCACUGCAGUGCCCCUCUCCUGCAAGGCGGUGAUUAUGCGUCUAUAGGCCGGCUUCAACAGAUCUCAGACCAGGCGUUGAGGGGCCUUGCUCGAGGGCCACGAUGGAGGCCAGAGGAGCCCCCGCUGACGUGCUCCUGCAGCUCCCCUGGCUCCCCGUGAGCAUCGGCGGCUGUCAGCUCCUCGCCAAGAGCUGGUUCGGGGAAACGGCGUACCACCUCCUGCUGACUGACGUGAACUGUGUGUGGGAGGAGAGGAUGGACUCCGUCGCCAUCCAGAGGCGAGCGCAGGAGCUCAACAGACGUCUGCGAGCCAAGGUCGAAGCUUUCUUCUCUCACCUGCGCGAGGUGGCUCAGCCAUGCCUGACGGGAAGCGGCGGGCAGGCCGACGGCGGCGAGGCACAGGUCUCCCUGACGCGCCAGGAGGACGGAAACAUCGGCAUCAAGCUGAAGAGCGAGCUGGUGGGGCUGCCCUUCUACUGGGAGUUCCACUGCACCCCCGCCCCCGUCACCGUGGUGUGUGCACAGCUGGUGCGCCCCCUGCUGGCCAUGAGCCACCUGCUGCAGCAGCAGGUGGAGCAGCAGGGAGGUCUUCUGGGGAGGAAGGACGCUGAGAUCCAGGACUACAGAGAGAACGGAGCGGUGCUCAGCAGAGAGCGGCUGCAGACGGACGUCUUUGAGGAGAAAACGUACAGAGAAGACUUCAUGUCAAAGUCGCAUCACACGGUGGUUUUCAGAGCGUCUCAGCUCGGGUACGGAGAACGUCACAUCGUGGAACGUCUCGUCAGGGCCGCGGGGCGUUCUCUGUUUUCUUAUUGGGUCGUCACGUUAUUUGGCAGCGGACAUUUAGACACCACAGAAGAAGAAGAAGAAGAAGAAGAAGGAAUGGAUCAAAGUCUUCUUCCUCGUGGCAAAUACCACCGGGCUGCGACGAGGCCGCCUCCAGACCGAAGUCCACACUGAAAUAAAACUCGUCUGGGAAAAAUGUCGCCGGGACGCGUCAAAGGGAGAGUCUCACACACACACACACACGCACACACACGGAGAAUCAGCUGAAGGCAUUUGGCGUGUGUGUGCAGUAUUUAUCUAUCAGGGUUGGGCCUGUGUGUGUGCGUGAGUGUGUGUCUGUGCGUCUGUGCCGUCUGUCCUUCCAGUGACCGUCUCCAUGGUGACGCUCACCACACAGGUCGCCUGUUAUUUUAAUUUGUUGUAAUUAUUGUCAAUUAGUCAUUAGAAAUACAAAAUAUAGCUUUGAGCUUUUAUUUUGUUGACUUUGGACAGAGCCAUGCUAGCAGUUUUUCCCUGUUUCCAGUCUUUAUGCUAAGCUAAGCUAACUGCGGGAGCUUCAUCUUCACUCUACAGACGUGAAAGAUCAGUUUUCUUCCUUCUACUUGAACUUCUUUGACAUUUUACUCAGUUGUGUGUGUGUGUGUGUGUGUGUGUGUGUGUGUGUGUGUGUGUGUGUGUGUGUGUGUGUGUGUGUGUGUGUGUGUAUGUGUGUGUGUGUUGUGGCCUCCGUCUCCCACACCAAGGGGAAGAGGGACAGCGAGCGAGAGCCCAUGAUGAUAGGAGCUGCAGCUUUUCUGUGGAAGCCCCUCCCCCAACCCGUCACCACACAAACACCCCACCCAGCUCGGGUCAACAUUUACAUGGGUGGAAUUAGCAUGCCCUUCCCACUGAUACACACACACAGAUUUAACUUGGGCACAGGCUGAAGCUGGUUAUGAAAAAUGUGAGAAACCUUUUAGGAUUGUGUGUGACCUGACAGAGGGGAGUGUCUCCUUGUCCACAUAGAGCAGGCUGUGACGCACGUUGCUGGUUUUGUGUGUUUCUAUCUUUAUGUCUGUGUGUGUGUGUGUGUGUGUCAUGGUGACACAAGCUCUUGCAGCGUCACAGUUUGUCGGCUCCGGAUUGAAUCGUCACCGUUUUUUCUGGAAAACGUCGCCCCGCUUCCUGUUUUCACUUGGUCGCCGGCUUCGCGUCUCCACGGCAACCGCGUGGCAGUUUAACCACGUCUUGACGAUUCCAGCCGAAGCGAAGCGCUCCACGCCUCCUGCUGAAAGGGAAGUUGGUUCUGGCUCUCGUCACCGUUCUGUCGAGCGGUCCUUUGGAUGUUCCUCGUCCUAAUAUCUGUUCUGAGUUAAGAGCAGGGAGGGAACCCACAGCGGCUCACGGGCUCCAACACACACUCUUUGACUCUUUUCCUCUCGGGAACCAAUCAAAAACAAGAAGCUGAUUUUUAAUGAAAAACUCUCCUGCUAAUCAGUGUUGUUGCACAUGAAUCGAGGAAGAGGAAGGUUUUCUCAUCGCCUUCCUCCUCUCAUCCGGCUGCAGCGAGCGUCUCUUUGUCUCACGUACCUGAGGAAUUCAGGGCCUUGGUGGUGAGGAGGAGAGCCGCGGG